UCUCAGUAAAGUCAGUACUAUGAUUCAAAUUCAACCCUUAAUUAAUCAAAUAAUCAACAAAUAAGAUACAGUCUUCGUCUAAUUCUUCGAGUUUCCAUUACCAGUCACUGUCGCAGCUAUGGUGCAAGGCUGGAAAUGGAGCAGGAGAAGGUCUCACUUACCUCUUAUUUCUCUUAUCUUUAUGCUUUUAAUUACUGUUACUGUUCUUUUCAACGAGUUCAGAAUUCACGAGUAUCAACCCCAAGAUCAUAACCCUCAUCUUCAAAAUACCCAGAAUUCAUCUCCAGUUGCGUUGGAUGGAUUCACUACAUGUAGCUCUACUGUAGAGUACAAUGGAGGAGAAGUGGGGUGGGGUAGAAGUGACCGGCAUUCGCCGGUUUCGGGUGGUAUCAAGGAGUGUGAUGUGUUUACAGGAAAAUGGGAGUUUGAUAAUGGAUCAUAUCCUCUAUACAAUGAGUCCCACUGUCCUUACAUGUCUGAUCAGUUAGCUUGUCAUAAGCAUGGAAGACCUGAUUUGGGGUACCAAUAUUGGAGGUGGCAGCCAAAUGACUGCAACUUGAAAAGAUGGAGUGUUACUGAAAUUUGGGAAAAGCUGAGAGGGAAGAGAUUAAUGUUUGUGGGAGAUUCACUUAAUAGAGGGCAAUGGAUCUCUAUGGUGUGCUUGCUACAGUCAGUGAUUCCAGCUAACAAGAGGUCUAUGUCCCCAAAUGCUCAUCUUACUGUCUUUCGAGCAGAGGAGUAUAAUGCUACAAUUGAAUUUCUAUGGGCUCCUUUACUUGUUGAUUCAAAUUCCGAUGAUCCUGUGAAUCAUAGGUUAGGUGAUCGAAUAAUCCGUCCAGAUUCAGCUUCAAGGCAUCUUUCCAAAUGGGAGAAUGCUGAUAUACUUGUAUUCAAUACGUACUUAUGGUGGAGACAAGGACCGGUAAAGCUGUUGUGGAGCAGUGAAGAUAAUGGAGUUUGUGAAGAGUUGGAUGGUGUACGAGCCAUGGAGUUGGCCAUGAAAACCUGGGCUAAGUGGGUGGAUUCUAAUGUCAAUCCUCUCGAGAAGCGAGUGUUUUUUGUUACCAUGUCACCUACACAUAUGUGGAGCCAAGAGUGGAAUCCAGAAAGUCAAGGAAACUGCUACAACGAGAGUAAUCCCAUUAUUCAGGAGAAUUACUGGGGAACUGGUUCCGACUUGCAAACAAUGAGUAUCGUGGAGGAUAUCCUAAGUCGAUUGGGAUCAAAGGUCACAGUUCUCAACAUCACUCAGCUAUCUGAAUAUCGAAAAGAUGGUCAUCCUUCUAUUUAUCGCAAGUUUUGGGAAACGCUUAGUCCUGAACAGUUGUCAAAUCCUGAGUCAUAUUCUGAUUGUAUACAUUGGUGCUUGCCUGGUGUACCUGAUGUAUGGAAUGAGCUGCUCUUCCAUUUUUUGUAAGAAGGAUACACAAAAUUGUAAUUAGCAUAUUCCAUGAACACUACUGUUUACUAUAACUAAGUCAAAAGUUUCACCUAAAGUUCAUAGAUAUUCUCGAAUAUAUGUGAAUUAUGAGGUUGAUACACUUGGUUAAAAA